AUGUAUUCUGUCACAGCAACGACGACGCCGUUACGGCUCUCGGCCACGGGUAUAUCAAAGACUGUCUGCGUAGGCAGUCUUUAUGUACUUGCCGGAGGCCAUCACUAUUCGACUUUGCAAUCAAUCAGAGUCCGCUACAGCCCUGUUUCAUUGUCGAGCACAACGUCAAAACGAUCACUCUCAUCGGCAUCACCCAAAUCCGCUAUCAAGGAAUUCUUUCCCAGGGUCGAAACGAAACAGAUCAUUGAGGCGGAGAGUGCAUGGAAACAUCCAGUAUACACCGAAGAACAAAUGCGCAGUAUACGUACUGAACACCGCAAAGCCCGCACCUGGUCGGAUCGAUUUGCUUUAGCUAUGGUGCAAGGUCUGCGGUGGGGAAUGGACUUUGUCACUGGCUACCGUCAUCCGCCGAAGGGUGACGUCAAAGAUCCAAAAGCAGUGACAAAGUUCACAAUGACUGAGCGGCAAUGGUUGAAUCGGGUAUUGUUCUUGGAGAGUGUUGCCGGUGUCCCCGGUAUGGUUGCGGGGAUGUUACGACAUCUCCGUAGUCUGCGGACGAUGAGAAGGGAUAAUGGAUGGAUCGAAACUCUUCUCGAAGAGGCAUACAACGAACGCAUGCAUCUCCUCACGUUCAUGAAAAUCGCCGAACCAGGCUUGUUCAUGAGACUGAUGGUCCUCGGCGCUCAGGGCGUUUACUUCAACGGCCUUUUCAUUUCCUACCUCAUCUCCCCACGCACCUGUCACCGUUUCGUCGGUUACCUCGAAGAAGAAGCCGUCCUAACCUAUACACGCGUCAUCCAAGAAAUCGAAGCAGGCAACCUACCCGAGUGGGAGAAGAUGGAAGCGCCCGAAAUCGCAGUUAAAUAUUGGCAGAUGCCCGAGGGACAUCGAUCAAUGCUCGAUUUGAUGUUGUAUGUGCGUGCCGAUGAGGCUAAGCAUCGGGAAGUCAAUCAUACAUUGGGUAAUUUGAAUCAGAAAGAAGAUCCGAAUCCGUAUACCGCGGUAUUCAGAGAUUCGAAGAAGCCUCGGCCUAGCAAAGGGGGCGAUUUGAUGAAGCCAACGGGUUGGGAGAGGGAGGAAGUUAUUUAA